UAUCAGUGCCAGUCAGUGCCACCUAUCAGUGCUGCCAAUCAGUGCCACCUAUCAGUGCCAGUCAGUGCUGACUAUCAGUGCGCAUCAGUGCCGCCUAUCAGUGCCCUGCCAGUCAGUGCCGCCUAUCAGUGCCAGUCAGUACCGCCUAUCCGUGCCACCUAUCAGUGCCGCCUAUCAGUGCCAUAUAUGAGUGCUGCCUUUCAGUGCCCAUCAGUGAUGCCUGUCAAUGCCCAUCAGUGCCACCUACCAGUGCCUCCUCAUCAGUGCCACCUAUCAGUGCCCAUCACUGCAGCCUCAUUAGCGCAUAUCAGU